AUGUCAGGCCCAACGUCCAACCCGGGCUGGAACGGAAGCGGUAGUCCCGCCUACGGUACUUUUGCUCGACCACCAUUCCCCCGUCAACCCCUUAACAGCCACGACAGUAAUGGCAGCGCUGCUGUUGAGUCAAGUAACGCUGAUGAUGAUGUAUCACCGAAGCACAGGCCUGGGCCUGAGCGGAAGGUGUCAAGGCACAUUGAGUUUCGAAAGUACUUGAAGCGCCCACAUAUGAUGGAAACGCAGCGCACGUUGAGCGACGCUUUAAGAUCUGCUAAGAGUAGAGAGGAACAGGAAACGCUACUUCCUGAUGAAGACUAUGCCGGGAGUGAUGGCUGUUUCAAUGGGCAAGGCCAGCCCAUGGUUGCAAGGACCGGAGAUGGGCAAGAUGCCAAGAAUCUGAAGGUCUACUUCAAUAUUCAUCGUAUCCGCCGACUUGUUCUGGCUGUGAUUGAAGAUCCAUACACGGUAGACCAAUUGCGAGAACCUCGUAUGAACGUCCUCAUUGUAAAACCACUCGUCGACCGCCUCUAUGACGACGAGGAUAUAUCGAUCGUUUAUUGCUUGCUUGUCAACCGCAUGCAGUUCCUUCGUGAGCAGCAAUUCCAGCAACAUCACCAGACUGUUGACCUCACACGUGCCAAUCUCUGCGAGCUUGUGGCUAUGAAAAUUUUGCGAAGACAUGAUGAGGAAUCCACUGGUAAAGCCGGUCUACUACUGCUAGCACAGAUUUUGGUAGCACCUUUCCAACCCUUCCAAGGCGCACCCGAUGACCGCUGUCCACCGCGGCACAGCUCCGAGUACCAAGCCCAGGGCGAUAACGAGGGUAAACUCACUGCGUUGGAAGUUGCCAUUGUGUCUGAAAGCAAAGUCUUACUUGCUGGAUCUGCUAGCCAAAAAGUCAUCGACGCCAUCUACCGAGGACGCAUAGUAUACACUCCAACGGUGUAUAUGGAUAUCAUUCCGGAUCACUACAAACAAAAGCCCAUAUCAUUGUACGAUCCGCGCAAGGCUCCAACACUCAACCAAUACCGGCUUAUGGUACCGAGAACACGCAACAUAAUUGAAGUCGUCCAGUUCAUUAUACUGCUCGCGCUGUAUAGUUGGUGCAUGACUGUGCGAAGAGACCACUAUUUGACUCGCCCAGAGAUAGCGUUCCUGCUUUAUGGAAGUGGAUGGGUGUUAGACGAACUAGCAUCUUGCCUAGAGCAUGGCUGGGAAGUCCACACACAGGAACUUUGGGCUUUCUUAGACGUCACGUUCGCCGGCAUCUUUCUUAUCUAUCUUGGUAUGCGUACCCGUGGCUGGAUGACAGGCCAAGACGAGAUUGGCAGACAAGCACUCGACGUCCUAGCUGUUGCGUCGCCGAUCCUUUUUCCGCGCAUCGCCUUCAAUCUGAUGCCGGAAAACAUGCUUUUCAUCGCACUUCGAGCCAUGGUCAAGGAGUUUACAGCACUCAGUUUGAUUGCCGUUUGGUGUUUUGGCGGCUUCCUCUUGGCGCUUAAAUGGCUAAGCAUCAGCAACCCUGAAGUCGGAUACGAAGAUUCGCCAAACACGAUUACCAUCUCCAAAUGGAUGCUUUGGAUUUGGUUCGGACUCGACGGCACAGGUAUUGAUGAAGCGCCUGGGUUCCACGAGGUUCUUGGUCCCACGCUAAUGGUCAUCUACGCUUUCCUGGGCAAUACCUUGUUCUUGACUGUCUUGGUAUCGAUCCUAUCUAAUACAUUUUCCAAGAUUGCAGCAGAUGCCACCGCCGAGAUUCAGUUCCGACGCGCCGUUCUUACCUUUGAAGGUGUAAAGUCCGACUCGCUAUUCGCCUAUCGACCGCCAUUUAACCUACUCGCUUUCGUUAUCUUACUGCCACUCAAGUUCCUCCUCUCACCACGAUGGUUCCACAAGAUCAACGUCACAGCCGUCCGCGCCCUGAACUUUCCCAUUCUGCUUGGCAUUACGCACUACGAGCGGCGCUAUCUUUGGAAGCCUCGCCGACAGCUCAGUGUCAGCGGCCCUGGGCCUUCGAAGCGCACUACUUGGCUUCAAGAUAUAGGCUUUUGGAGGAGUUGGAAACAACUUAGUCCACAUGCAGACCUGCAAGCCGUAUUUGAAGAAGAGCCGCCCGCAGACGUGGUCACGCAGAUUGAGGAGGAGGACGAUCUCGAGGACGCUAUACUGGAGAAUAGUUUUGCUGCAACGGCUGCACCGGGAACGAGAAGCGUUAGUCCUGGAAGUGCGAUGACGGGACGGAGGAGGAGGUUGAGUAGUGUAUGGCCCGGACCGAGCUCAUAG